AUGGAGUCCGAUCCUGUAGGCAUUCUCAGAGACUGCCUACUGGAUCGGGCCCCUCAGAAAUUCAAUAGCAGUGUUAGUUCACUCCCUCAUCUGGAAGGCCAAACGAAGCACAAUUUCAUUGUAAAUGCCGCCAGACCUCAUCCACAAGACAGCAGCCUUCCUCACAUAGCAAAGAACCUGCAGAAUGUGCACCUAUUGCUUCAGGAAAACAGAUCUCGAGGCCAGACACAUUUUUCCCGAUUUAACCUUGCAGAAAACCUGCCUGAAGGUGCUACCAGAGUCCAGCCCAAUAGGCCGGAAAUAGAAGGAACCAACACCAGUCUCAAGUUGCCUCUGACAGCUCCAGAAGCCUUGAAAUAUUUUAGAAACCAGUUAACAGUUUAUGAGCAAGAAGAAAUUCUCAACUAUGCAGAGCUGUGGUUUCUUGGGCUGGAAGCUAAAAAGAUUGAAGGGUUACCUGAAACACAGAAUAAUAAUUGUUAUGAUGACGAACAUGGCACUUACAUAAAGGUCCUACAUGACCAUAUCGCAUACCGCUAUGAAGUGCUAGAGGUCAUUGGGAAAGGGUCGUUUGGACAAGUAGCAAAAUGUUUGGAUCAUAAAACCAAUGAACUAGUGGCAGUGAAAAUAAUAAGGAACAAGAAAAGAUUUCACAAUCAGGCUUUGGUAGAAGUGAAGAUUCUCGAUGCUCUUCGGAAGAGGGACAAAGACAAUACUCACAAUGUUGUCCAUAUGAAGGAAUGCUUUUACUUUCGCAAUCACUUCUGCAUUUCUUUUGAACUGCUAGGAAUAAAUUUGUAUCAGCUGAUCAAAAAGAACAAGUUCCAAGGUUUUAGUUUGUCUUUGAUUCGACGAUUCACUCAGUGUGUGCUGAGAUGUUUACAAAUGCUCUACCGGGAAAAAAUUAUCCACUGUGACUUGAAACCUGAGAACAUAUUGCUAUACCACAAAGGUCAAAAUUCAGUCAAAGUUAUUGACUUUGGAUCAAGCUGCUAUGAACACCAAAGAGUGUAUACGUAUGUUCAGAGCCGAUUUUAUCGCUCCCCCGAAGUGAUUCUUGGUCACCCGUAUGCUACUCCUAUUGAUAUGUGGAGCCUGGGAUGCAUCAUGGCUGAACUUUACACAGGCUAUCCCCUUUUUCCCGGAGAGAAUGAAGUAGAGCAACUUGCCUGCAUCAUGGAGAUAUUGGGUCUUCCGCCAGCUGAUUUUAUUCAGACUGCAUCAAGAAGACGAACAUUCUUUGAUUCCAGAGGUUUUCCUAGAACUAUAACAAACAGCAGGGGGAAAAAAAGACACCCAGACUCCAAAGAUCUAAGUAUGGUAUUAAAAACCCAUGAUGCUUCUUUCCUGGAUUUUCUGAGAGGCUGCCUAAUGCAAACGCAAAGGCAUAUCUUUGACCAGUGCUCCACUUGCUGCUCUUUUUCCAAAUGGACUGAGAAGGCUAGUGAUGCACCGCGCAUGCCUAAAGCUAUUUCAUCUGGAGGUCUCCAUGAAAGCCUUGUCAGAUACAGAGAAAGUUGUAACUAA